GAUAAUCCAAUUAUUUCUGUUCAACUUCCAUCUAAAAACAUGUCUUUGAAUAUCUACCCAGGCAAUGACUCGAAUGAAUAAACCCCGAAAUUCUAUUUCAUACUUUUGAACCGAGUUGUUUUAUUCGUCAUUGGUUGUUUGUGUUGAGGUGGCCGAAUUCGGCCUGUUUUUUCUCCUCCGAAUAGCGAGCUGAGCUGAAACCUCAAGCUCUACCAAUGCAGGACUGCGUUUGCUGGCCCGGGAGCUGUCGAUCUUCUAGACAAAACCUUAAGUUUAGUGGAAGUUAAAUAUCACUUCAUCUCUUGCUCUCCACGUCAUCCAGACACGUCGAAUUGAUCGUAAAGAUUUAUACAAUCAUCAAAUAUCAAUCACUUCCUCCAGUUCUUCAAACAAACUCUCAUCUACAUACUAAGCACCAUCAAAUCAGCAGCUUCAAAUAACCCAACAUGCGCGGUCGUGUCCUCCUCACCCUCUCUGCUUUCGGCCAAGGCGUUACACCCUUCAUCGCAGAUUGGAACCACACCCACAUUUACAACCCCCGUUGGCCUCCCCAUGCCAAAUUCCACAAUGGACAAACCAUGUCUUUGGGCGCACUACUUGGUCUCGUUACCUUAUACUAUACCUGGCGCUUCCCAAGUAUCUCAACUCCGAAGCCCAAAUCGAAGGUAGAGAAGAAGCAAACUCCAGAAUCAACAGAGUCGGUUUGGGUGCGAAAAAUGACUCGGGAUAGUAUGAUCACAGCUGCGAUUGCGGGGAGUUUGUAUUGGAUCGCGGGGUUGUCUGCGAUAUUAUACCCGGGAAGUAAGGCGAUGGAUCCAGAAUUUGGGGAUGCGGCUCCGCAGAUGAUCAUCUUUCCAUUUUUUAUGGGGAUGGCAAUUUUAGGAGCCUGGUUUGAAGUCAAGGAUCUGGACAAGGCGUAAGGGUACAUAGGUUAUGCUACGGAGGAGGGAUCAAAGGACGAAAGAGAAGGAGACCCCUAAAGCGGAGGAGAAUGAGGCCAACAUCUUUGGAGUAGGAGUUAAAGGUUCUAAGCUGGUUUGGAUAUCGGAAUGGAUGGAGCAAUGGUAACCUUAAGUGGGUUAGGAUUCUGGGCAGGGGGGAAGAUCAAGAUGAACUAUUUUCAUGACAUGUUAGCUACGAGGGAAUGCACUAUGGAAACGAUGCAAUGAUUUAAUGUACGUCUAAUGGAGUUAAUUUUCUUCGGGGUAUGGGUUCCAAAAUCAUGGAAUUGCUGGUAAAAUAACUUCUCCCUCUUUUGGCUGCACAUCCA